CCGGCGUUGCCUUGGCAGCGGCGGAGGCGGCUCCGGCUAACGGCGGCGGGAGCUCCCGGGGCGCCGCGCCCCACACGGCCCGGCCCGGCCCGCCCCCGGCCCGCCCCGGCCUGCCAGCGCGCCUUUGGAGCCCUCCAGCCAGGCCCUCCAUGUCCACAGCCAGCAAGCAGCUCUCCCACCAUGAGCUCUGAGCUGAACGUGCCGGUGGAUCCCUCCCCCCCCGCCUGCUGCGCGGAGCCGGGCGCCAAGGGCAUGGACUACCGGGACUGGGUGCGGCGCAGCUACCUGGAGCUGGUCACCUCCAACCACCACUCCGUGCAGGCCCUCUCCUGGAGGAAGCUCUACCUCAGCAGGGCCAAGCUGAAAGCCUCCAGCAGGACCUCUGCUCUGCUCUCGGGCUUUGCAAUGGUGGCGAUGGUGGAGGUGCAGCUGGAGGUGCAGUACAAGUACCCGCAGAUGCUGCUGAUCGCCUUCAGCGCCUGCACCACGGUGCUGGUGGCCGUGCACCUCUUCGCCCUGCUGAUCAGCACCUGCAUCCUGCCCAACGUGGAGGCCGUCAGCAACAUCCACAACCUCAACUCCAUCAGCGAGUCCCCCCACGAGCGCAUGCACCCCUACAUCGAGCUGGCCUGGGGCUUCUCCACCGUGCUGGGCAUCCUGCUCUUCCUGGCCGAGGUGGUGCUGCUCUGCUGGAUCAAGUUCCUGCCCGUGGGCUCCCUCCCCAGGAGCGAGGCCGGGGGCGGCGGGGAGAAGGCGGGGGGCCACGCGGGCUGGCAGUCGGCGCUGGUCUCCACCAUCAUCAUGGUGCCGGUGGGGCUGAUCUUCGUCGUCUUCACCAUCCACUUCUACCGCUCCCUGGUGCGGCACAAGACCGAGCGCCACAACCGCGAGAUCGAGGAGCUCCACAAGCUCAAGGUGCAGCUGGAUGGCCACGACAGGGGCAUGCAGGUGGUCUGACCCCCACCCACCCGGGGGCGCUG